UCGGCCCCGCUCCAUGGCUCCGCGGCUGGGCGGAGCGGAGCGGCCGCCGCGCUCUUCCGUUUCCAGCGGAAGGGGCGAUGGCGGCGGCCUGGCUGCUGCUGGUGGCGCUGGGAGCGGCCCUGGCAGGGCCCUUCUCUCUGGCGGGGAAGAUGAAGAUUGUGGAGGAGCCGAACACGUUCGGGUUGAAUAACCCGUUCUUGCCUCAGACAAACAGGCUGCAGCCAAAGGUGUCCCCGUCUGCAAUAUCAGGCCCUGCACAUCUCUUUAGGCUUGCUGGCAAGUGUUUCAGUUUUGUGGAAUCAACGUACAAGUAUGAGUUUUGUCCUUUCCAUAACGUCACUCAGCAUGAGCAGACUUUUCGAUGGAAUGCCUAUAGUGGGAUUUUAGGAAUCUGGCAUGAAUGGGAAAUUGACAACAACACAUUUAUUGGAAUGUGGAUGAGGGAAGGAGACUCAUGUGAAACUAAGAGCAGACAGACGAAGGUUCAUCUUGUUUGUGGAAGGAGCAAUAAAUUGGCUUAUGUGUCUGAGCCAAGUACUUGUGUUUACUCUCUGACAUUUGAGACUCCUCUUGUGUGCCACCCCCACUCUCUUUUAGUUUAUCCAACUCUGACUGAAGCACUACAAAGGAAGUGGGAUGAAGCAGAGCAGCUUCUGUAUGACGAACUAAUAACUGACCAGGGUUACAGAAAAAUACUGAAAGAGAUUUUUGAGGAAGCAGGACUUCUAAAAGCAACAGAAGAAAAGGAAGUUGAGAAACAGGAUAAGAAAAUAAGUUUUGAAUUUGAAACAGUGGAGAAGUGCAGUAAGGAAUACAAGCAACUUUCUAAAGAAAUAAAAACCCUGAAAGAUUUAUUAAGUCAGCAUGGUAUUGCAUACAAAGGAAAUUUUGCUGAAAAUACCAGUGUUGAACAUGUAAGUCACAAACAGGCAACUGCAAUGACAACUCUUCUUACUGGGUUGAAGAAUGAUGAACACCUCCAUGGCGAUACGGGAGUUUGGAAUGACACUGUAUGAAGAAACUUGGGUGGUAAACAGUGAGUGUGUAUGGAACAUCAAGCAAGUUGAAUGUGUAUUAUGCCACUGAGAUGACUUACCUUCUGCUGUUAUUCUCGGCCUUCUGAAUUUCUGCCUUAAAGCAAAAGGAACGUAAUGGAGCGAGGGCUUUCCAUUGCUGAGAACAGUUGGCUGAUUUCUGAGAGCAUUUGUAAAACUUCUUUGAUACAGCUGCUGUUGGGCAGAGGUUCACAGGUUCUGUGCCUCCAGCCGCGGCUUUAUUUUCUUUGAUCAAGCAUGGUACCAGGUGGUGUAAAUACAAAACAGUUCAAGACCAGUGCUGUAAGAUGUUGUAUGGAAUGUAGUAAGUUCAAUAUUAAGAAUACGUGUCUGUAUGCUGAAAGGUUUUCUGCCAGCGCAGUGCACAAUGCACCGCUUCCCCACCGC